CACAUUGCAUUUCCUAACGCUCAAUAUUUCUCUUGUAAUAUCUCUCUCUCUCUCUCUUUCUCCAUCUCAGUGAUUGCAGACUCAAAUCCGAGAUUUCAUAGGAAUUGUUUGUUUCGUUUUGAUUUUGAUCUUAAAUUGGAGGAUUUGGAGUUUUUGUUCAAAAUGGCUGGGAUUUGCUGCGGUGUAGUUGGGGAGAGUGAAUCGGCGGCACCGGUGGAUUCGACUACUCGGACUUCUCUGAGACGGAGGUUAGAUCUACUUCCGUCGAUCAAGAUUGUCGCCAACUCCGCCGUUGCUCCUCCGCUGGAGAGCUGCCGUAAGCGGCAAAAACGUGAGACAGCACUGGCUCCGGGAAACAUAGAUCUGGCAUCGAAUGUGAGUAGCCUUCAUAGGAAGGUGGGGAAGGCGGGAUCAACGGUUACGAAUCCGGUUAAGAAUUCAAAUUUGAUUUCCAGUCCGGCGACGGAAGCAGAGAGCUGUUUCUUUUCCGACGUGCCUAGGAUCGGUACGACGUCGGUUUGUGGUAGGAGAAGAGACAUGGAAGACGCCGUGUCGAUUCAUCCUUCAUUACUUCAAAAAAACUCCGAGAAUCUCCAUUUCUACGGCGUGUUUGACGGCCAUGGCUGCUCUCAUGUUGCGGAGAAGUGCAGAGAGAGGUUGCAUGAGAUAGUGAAGCAGGAGGCUGAAGCUAUGGCCGCCGGUGAAUGGAAGGAAACGAUGGUAAAGAGCUUCCAGAAAAUGGACAAAGAAGUUAGCCACCGAGACUGCAAAGCAGUAGCUGCUCCUAAUGGUGCAAGUCGGAGCGUGAAAAGCUCCUGCAGAUGCGAAUUGCAAUCUCCUCAGUGCGACGCCGUCGGAUCCACCGCGGUUGUCUCCGUUGUCACGCCGGAGAAGAUCAUCGUCUCCAACUGUGGCGACUCUCGCGCCGUGCUCUGCCGUAACGGCGUAGCCAUCCCUCUCUCUUCAGAUCACAAGCCGGAUCGACCCGAUGAAUUGAAUCGGAUCCAGCAAGCGGGCGGGCGAGUCAUCUACUGGGACGGAGCUAGGGUUCUUGGAGUUCUCGCCAUGUCCAGAGCAAUUGGCGAUAAUUACUUGAAACCAUAUGUGAUCCCGGAUCCGGAGGUAACAGUGACGGAUCGAACAGAGGAGGACGAGUGCUUGAUCCUGGCGAGUGAUGGACUGUGGGACGUUGUGCCGAACGAGACGGCUUGCGGCGUGGCUCGCAUGUGCCUUCAAGGUGCUGCGGCGGCGGAAGGAGGAGACGACUCUGAUUCGGCGCACAACGCGUGCUCCGAUGCGGCGUUGCUCUUGACGAAGUUGGCUCUGGCUAGACAGAGCUCCGAUAACGUGAGCGUCGUCGUGGUUGACUUGAAAAAAAGGAGGAAUAUUCGGGUGUCUUAAUUAGCGUUUUAAUUACUACUAGUAUUAGAGAAAAUUGUUACAUAGCUAAUUGUAAUUUUUCCUUGAUUUUUUUUUCUACUUUGGUUUUUCUCUUGUUUUAAGUUUUUUUUUUAAGCUGCUCUUAAUUCAGGCUAGGGAAGAAAAAGAGCUGAUUAAAGAGUUACGUAUUCUCUCUUAUUUUUCCAUAUUAUUUUUUAGGCAAUAUUAUAUAUACGUGUAUUUUUUUCUUU